UGAUUCCUCUCGAAACUUAAGGAACCUGUUUUCCUAACGGUGCUUACUAACAUCGAUCAAUACGCGCGCUUACGUUGUUUUUGAGUCAAAGGUAAAUCCGCAUGCAUUGCAGAUGUUCGCUACGUCAUUCCAACUCUACAAUAAGUGCUAGCGCAUUGGAGGUUAUAUUUUUAUAAUAUUUCCCCAAAGUCAGUUAACGCACGAAAGUUUUAUUAUAUUUAAUUGACCACGUAUUUCUAAGUAACAAACAUAAAUCGAGUGACUUCAUACGUACUCUCAUAUCAGUUAAAGUGUUAAAACACCUACGUAUCAUUAAUGUUUGUUGUGAACAAUGAAAUAUACACGAUAUCAGUCAUUUCAUACAGUUAAAGUGAAGCGAAUUGGUAUUUACACAAUAAUGUAGUAUGCAUGUAGUUGAUGAUAAGAACAUCGUUCAGUCAUAAGUUUUCAGUGGCGCGGUCCGGCCGUGUUUGUGCGUUGCUUUUGUUUACAUACUACACGUAACAAUACGAAUCGAAUAUGAGUGCCAACGUUACAAGUGACGAAGUGCCUGUAACAGGCAUCCCAGACAAUGAAAGAAUAAAACGUUUAAAACAACACUUUUCUCAAGAAUUCGGUUGUGAACCAUCGUUUUUUGUCAGAGUGCCGGGCCGCGUAAAUCUGAUUGGAGAGCACAUAGACUAUUGCGGAUACCCAGUGUUGCCCAUGGCGCUAGAACAGGAUAUACUGAUAGCUGCUGCGAUAUUAGACAAGCCGGAGCUUCAUGUGCGAAAUAUAAAUAAUAAAUAUGUCAAUUAUAAUACAGAGAUAAAAUCGUGUGAAGAUAUAGAUAUUGUCGCAGACCCGAAUGGAAAACCGUUUUGGUACAAUUAUGUGCUUUGUGGGGUCAAAGGCGCUUUGGAGUUUUUAGGAGACAAAAUUACCAAUGGACUACAGCUUUGUGUGGAUGGAAUAGUCCCUCCAGCGUCCGGUCUGUCAAGUUCCUCAGCAUUAGUGAGCGCAGCAUGCCUGGCUCUUCUUUAUGCUCAAAAUGUUCCGCUGAGCAAAACUGAAAUUGCCUCCCUAUGUGCUAAGUGCGAAAGAUAUAUAGGAACCCAAGGAGGUGGGAUGGAUCAGGCGAUAGCGUUUUUGGCAGAGAAAAACUGCGCCCAAUACAUAACGUGGCAACCCUUAAAGGCUACUCCCGUAGCUCUACCCGAAAAUGCGGCGUUCGUCGUAGCUCACAGCUUGGCUGAAGCCAACAAAGCAGCCACAAAUUAUUACAACCGAAGGGUGAUUGAAUGUAGACUGGCCGCAAAAAUUAUAGCUACGUGUGCAGGUGCAGUUACUGAUAAGAAAAUUAUUACUUUUAGUCAAGUACAAAAUAAACUUGAUAACACUCUAGAAGAGAUGGUGAACCUCGUUCACAAGUAUUUGCCCAAAGAUAUUUAUACGAAAGAAGAGGUAUGUGAUAUCUUGAACGUAAAUGCAGAAGAAUUGGAACAGUUGUUCUUUACUCCAAACACGAAGCAUUUAACUGAGUUCAAACUGAAACAACGAGCGCUGCACGUUUACGAAGAAGCUAAGCGGGUGGAAGAUUUUCGUAAACAUUGUUCGCUAUCAGCGUCAAAUGGCAACGGCUUGAAUGGUGUGAACGGAAACGGUGCUAUUGUGUCCGAUAAUGGCGAUUGUGAUGAAAUAAUACGCGUUCUUGGGGAACUGAUGUCCAGUAGUCAUGAGAGUCUGAAGGAUCUCUACGAAUGUUCCCAUGAAAAUUUAGAUCGUCUAGUCUCCUUGUCAAAAGAAAUGAAUAUUCACUCUCGCUUGACCGGAGCCGGUUGGGGCGGAUGUAUUAUAGCUUUGUGUCCGAAAGAGAAAGUCGCAAAAUAUAUCGAUAUGUUAAUUGAUAAGUUUUACGUAAAACAUUGUAACAUAGAUAGAAUUAAAGCUGCUUCUUAUGUGUUUGCCACUACUCCGAAUCACGGUGCUGAGAUUUACGUAGAAAAAUAAUGUCGUACGUAGAAAAUAAUUAUGUAAUAUUUAAAAGUAACUUAUUAUUAUAUAGUAGUCGGAGCCUAGGUAUAAUAGUAGUAUACCCCACCAAAUGAACCACUUACCACCUAUAUCAGACAUGUCUUGUAAAGCUACUAUUAUGAUUAACUUGUUAACAUAAAUAUGUAAUUAUAUAGUGCUUUAGAGCAGUAGCAUUUAUAUGCAUU